AUUGCUUUCUCACUUUCUAAUCAUCCAACCAAAUCAAACCCCAUUCUUUAUCGUCUACAUGUUUUGAUAUUGAGAUUAUUAAAAGUAAUUCUUGAAAAGAAAAGAUUUUUAAUGGGAAUCCUAAUCAUUCACAUUUGAUUGACCAUGUGAUACAGUCUGUCACUCAUCACUGCUUUGCUUUUUUUGCUGUUAUUGUUCCUUUACUUUCUUUUCUGUUCUUUUUUUCUUACUUUCUUUUCUGCAGUUGCCUACCAUAUUAUCCUUUUUCUUUCCCUUUUUAUCUUAUUUUUAAUAUUUAUUAUUAUUGUUAUUAUUAUCACCCAGAAAGAAUCUCCUAUCAAUUUAUCACUUUCUCUCCCUCUUCUCUCUCUGCCUAUUUCAAUCCUUAUGGCUACUGAAUCUGAAACUACAUCACUUCGCACUCCUGCCACUGCCACUAGUCCUGAUGAGCCAAUGAAGACCAAUGUGAAUGAACAAGUAGAGCUAAAGACUAUGGAGCAAGAAACUGUUUCCUUGACUGAGAAAGGUAAAGAAGAGAACCCCAAAAUUGAUGAACUGCCAAAUAAGACAAAGCCAUUAUCUAAAAUGGAAGGAGAAGCAGAAAAUAAACGGACCGAGCCUCCAGCAGUUGAGGUUAAGGUUGAUGAUUCUUCCACUAUGGAUGCUCUAGUAGUGGAAGACAAAAUUGAGGUGAAGCAAGAUAUCCCUCAUUCGCAUGCACACAGUGGUCCAGAGGCAGCCGGUGAUGCUGUCGAAAGCCAACAAGUUGCGCAACCAGCUAUUGAAGAAGCACAAGAAGAGCAACCAGCAACAGCUUCUGUGGAGAAACUGCAAGACAAGCAACCUACGAUAGUUGGUGUUUUGGAAUCAUCAACUGAAGCUGCUCAGAAACCAAAGGAGCUGUCAGCAGUUCUUCCUACUAAAGAAUCUGAAGAAGUGGCUGUAAAAGAUCCUGAAGAUUCAGAAGCAGUGUCUAAAGAAGUCAAUAAACAAGAAUCACUUGUUUCAGAAGUUCAUGUGAAAGUGCAGGAACAAUCUGAAGUCACUGAACAAGGGGGAAAACAAGAUCCAGAAGAUUCAGAAGUAGUGUCUAAAGAAGUCAAUAAACAAGAAUCACUAGUUUCAGAAGCUGAUGUAAAAGUGGAGGAACAAUCUGGAGUCACUGAACACAGUGGAAAACCAGAUCGUGAAGAUUCAGAAGUAAUGUCUAAAGAAGUCGAUAAACAAGAAUCACUCGUUUCAGAAGUUGAUGUAAUACAAUCUGAAGUCGCUGAACACAGUGGAAAACCAGAUCCUGAAGAUUCAGAAGUCGUGUCUAAAGAAGUCAAUAAACAAGAAUCACUAGUUUCAGAAGUUGAUGUGAAAGCGGAGGAAAAAUCUGAAGUCACUGAACACCGUGGAAAACCAGAAUCAGUUGAGGAAAUUGGGAAACAACAGGAGCCUCCAGAAGUUCUAGCUAUCAAAGAAUCAGAAGCAGUUGUGAAGGAUAUUGAAGCUUCAGAAGCAGCACCCAAAGAAAUUGAUGAACCACAAUCAGUCGUUCCUGAAGUAGAAGUGACACCAGAGGAACAGUCUGAAGUUGCCAAUCAAGAAGAAAAAGUAGAAUCAAUUGAAGCAACUGAGAAAGAACAUGAGUCAUCAGAAGUUGUUCUUGACAAAGAAUCAGAAGCAGUUGUGGUAAAAGAUAUUGAACAUUCAGCAGUGUCUGAAGACGAACAUAAACCAGAAUCAGUAAUUCCUGCUGAAGUUGAGAUGAAACGAGAGGAACAAUCUGUAGUACUCAAAGUUGAUGAGAAACCGGAAAGCCUAGAAGCUGAAGCCGAUUUGAAACUGAAGGUAGGAUAUGAAGUCCCAGAAAAAGUUGAAACAAAACCAAUAGAAGAGAAAACAGAACCAGUUGUGCCUGUUGUUGGGGUCAAGCCACAGGAAGAAAUUGAUGUUAUUGGCCAAGUUGAACCCAAGGGAAGUAUCAAGGCUAAAACUGUAAUGGAUGAGGGAACAUUGGCUGACAAAGUUGAGGAUACCGCAUCCUUGAAGGAAGAGAAAACCAGUGAAGAAGAGGGUACACCUUCCGAACAAAUUGUUUUGGCUAAACAGGAGGCUGAAGCUGACCGUAAAGAAAGCAUAGGAGAAUCUCCUCUUCCAGAUGUCAGAGAGACAAUUGACGCAGAAAAUGGAAAGAAGGAAACUGAUAGGACUGAAGUAGUUGAAGCACCAUUGAAAGAGGCAACGGUGGAAAAGGAAAAUGGUGGACAAGAGACAGAAGAAAAAACUAGCAAAACUGAAGAUGAGAAUAUAGAGAGAAAAGUGCUAAAUAAAGAACUAGUUCAGCCAAUCAAAGUGGACGAUAAAGGGGCGGCUGUUUCAAUUGCCGAAGUUACUGAAAGAUCAUCUGAGGGAGAGAAAACUGGUAAAGUUAUCGAACCAGUUGUAGAAAACAAGAAAAAGGAAAACAUAAAAGAGGAGACACCAGCUUUAGUUGAAACCAGCAAAGAUGGGUCCAUAGAGGGAAAGCUGGAUGAAGCCAUUACAGCUGUUACCGAACCAGUUAAGGAAUCACAAGAUUCUGGGUUAGAAGUGAAAGAUGAGGAAAGUGCAAAAACCAGUGAAGAUAAGGUAGGCAAAGAAAAUGCUGAGGAGAUAGCAAAAUCUGAUGCCCAUAAUUUAGAGCCUUCUACCAAGAAUGGGGAUGAUGCAAAAGCAUCCCAAGACUUGCCAAGAGAAGUUCCAGCCAAGCCUAUUCAAAAGCAAUCAAACAAUAUUUUAACAAAGGUGAAACACUCACUUGUGAAGGCGAAGAAAGCUAUCAUUGGUAAAUCUCCAAGCUCGAAAACCCUGUCUUCUGACACCAAGGGGGAUAUUAAAGUCAAAUAACUGAAAAAGGAACGUUAUAGAUUGCGUGAACAUAUAAGGUUGUGGAACUUGCAUUGUGGCAUAUAGAUAUUAGUUGUGUGUAAACCAUUUUUCUUCCAUUUCACCCUAUUCUUUUGGCUUGUAUGUAUUGUUUGUGUGCUGGUUGUUGGGUUGGCUAUUGGCUGUAGUGAUCCGUACAGAAAACUCUUUAAGUUGUGAAUUGAUUUGUAGAUACCUAUUACAGUUGCCAUUUGUUACAGUUUCAUCAUAUUUAUGUACUCAUUACUUGUUAA